AUGCAUGGAAGCCAUGAGAUUAGGAUGAGGUCUUUAGAAGAGAUGGACGGGAAGGAAGCUGGGAUCUGCGAAUUCUCGUCUGCAGAAGACGACUCAGGUGGAAGAAGAUGUGAGGCUGAAGAUAUUGGCAGCAUACUGAGGAUGGAGGAUGAAGAUGGCUCUGAUGCAUUUUCCCAGGCUGCCUUGAAGAUUACAGAAUCCCUGCACUUGCAUCAAAGACUGCUGGACUGGGGAGUUGAAUCACUUAGAAGAAAAGCAGACCCUAUGGGAAAUAUUCUCAUUUGGCUCCGGGUGAGAAGGUUCCGUUUUAGCAUGUCUGCCGUUGAAGUCUUAGAAGGGUUUCUGAAGCUAGGUUCUGAGCGAAUGCUUGAGAGCUUGAGCAGAGAAGAGGAGAGGUGCCUUGUUUGUGUGCUUCAGGAAAUUGGCAUGCAUAUAACAGAAAACAUCCUGGGAUGCAACAGAGACUCGAUUCGCAUGUUUCUGUUUAGAAUUUUCCUGCGGACAAGCAGAGCUGCAGACACUACAAAGAUGUUUGCCUUUGAGCUGUAUAUUCGGGCCGCAUCAUCUGCGCAAUAUGAGGAAUUUGAGGGUAUGGUCCAUGGGAUUGAUGCUCUCGAUACAUUUGAUAUCGGAGAAACGAACUUCAGGGACCACGCCAUUCUGCACAUAUACAGACAUGUGGUCUUCCAGGGAUCUGGAAUCAUCAAAGAAAACCAUGAGCGCUUUGUUGAUGUGCUGUCUGAGAGACUUUUUUCUGACUCAGCCGGCGGUGUUCCGGGUACCACUGCUUCUCUCCUCAGCUGUACCACGUCCUACUCCCGAAUCCUGUGUGUGUCGCUUGCACUCCGUUACCUCAGGGGGUUUGAAAAAGGCAGGAGGGACCUUGAUUUCAAGUUCCUAGGGUUACUGCUGGAAAGGGUAGUCGCUGUUUUGAAGAAGAGCGAGUAUACAGAGGAGGAAAUGCUAUAUUUUGCAGUCAUAUUCAAAAGCUCAAGGCCUGCCGUACCCAUCUCUAAGGUCAUCAAAUCUUUUGUGCUUUUGCUGCUACGGAUAGUCGGUGGGAAGGAGCGUAAGCCCCGAAUAAAGGCGGCCAAAAUCCUCUGCGGGAUCCAGCUCUAUGGGAUACUGAUAGGAAGGAAAGUGCUUUUCAGGAUUCUAAGGACUGCAAGGAAGCACAUUCAGGAGAAGCGAGUUACAAUCGUAAGAGGGGCGGUGAAUGUCGUUGCCCAACUGGAUCUGGGAGUCCUGGCGGCUGAAAUGCAAAAGCCACACUCUAUCCGAACUCGGAGGAUAAUAUUUGACAGGGUUAAAAACAGUUUCCAAACGGAAGCAUGCUACAGGACGUACAUAGAUUUGCUGAGCAGCAGGGACACCAGGGAUGUUGAAUACUAUGUUGAGGAUAUUGGAUUGCUUGCAAAAGUACUCCAUUCUUACGAAGAUAAGAGCAUCUGCAGGUUUAUGAGGAUUGAUAUCCCUUUUAUCGAGGAUGCAUUUGUUGCAGAACUAGCUGCCUUAUACUCGAAGUUUCACCCAGGCAGUGUUGAUGAGGUCUACGCGGCCUCGGUUCUCCUGGAUUCUGGAGAUGAGAUUGUCAAGAGCAGAAAUGUUCCGUUUUAUAACAGUAUUCUUGAAGUCCUUAUGAAUUUAAGCUCAAGACUUUCCUUUGAGCUGAGACGGAGGCUCGCAAUGUUUCUUCGGAGGCUUGUGUUUUACAGCCCAUAUACAAGGAAUGCAGGAAUGCUCAUCAAUCUCCUGGGGUACAAGGAAACUGAGUUUCCCAGAAGGACUGACUACUUUGUGGCAAUACUUGGUUCCUGUGGCAGUCCAUACAUCAGAGACUACUUUUCCGAGUAUCCAUGGACUGCGAACAAGGAGCUUGGGCUUGUAUACAACCUCCGGUUUGAUCCAGACUUCGGAAUGGCUUACAAAUGGAAGCUGGAGGAGAUUUUAUCCCGAAUGCAUGGCGGCCUCGACGGAAAGGAGGCCAUGGUCUGUGCAGAGCUUCUUUCUUUCCUGAAGGAGUCUGUUGAACUUAGUGCCACUGCUAGGGCCCAUGGCCUCGCUUUCAAGCUGGUAGCGAACAAUUGCGACUUUAUAAUCUGCGGUGCAAAGUCCGGAAACAUAAGGAUCCGUCGAGAGGCAUGUGCCCUGCUGAAAAGGGCAACAAAAGCCGGAGCGAUUCUUCCCCAUGUCUCGAUCCCAGUGAUCUUUUCUUACUAUCUUGUUUCUCCAGAGAUGGUCCGCACAUACUUCGACGCAACCCUGUGUGUCAUUCGGGAGGUUAUAGAGAACAAAAAGAUGAUAUUCAGAGAUAAGAAACAAAUACUUGAGUUCAGAACAGUCUAUGACAUAUAUGUUAACUCCGAAUGCAGGCUAAGGCUUGUGGAGAAGCUACUAGAAGUGCUUGACGAAUGUCCCGUUAAAACCUACUAUCUCAUGGUUCAAGCGGCAAAAUUCGAAAGAAAGGACUUUGCCAGGGUUGUGAGGGGGAUCUGCAGUACAGCCCAUACCUACAAUGCUGACGAUAAUGGACUUCUUCUGAAGCUCCACACACUGUUCUCCUCCUUGUGUGCUUCCAGCAAGGCCAAGAAGGAAGUAAGAAUCUCCGAUGAAAGUAUUCUUUUUUCAGAAAGAGCAACACCCAGCGAUAUAGACAUGUUGAGGCUCUGUCCAGCUAAAUAA